UGUGCAGCAGAAAUUAUUUUAGUGCAACGUUAUUUAUUUGAAAGUGAUCAGCGUUUAUUUUACAACAUGCUAAGCGGUAGAUUCGUAUAAACUGCAUGCUGAAUUAGCCCCAUCGCGCUUUUGUUAGUAUACUUUACGCCCGUGCAUUUGCCGGUAAUUUGAGGAGAAAUGCACGCUAUCCAGGGAGUUAUUAUUUGUCUUCCGAUUUUGCUUUUACGAAAAUUAUGUGACUGCCAGCCAGCCAAUGGCUGCAAUGUGCCUUAUAAAGUUAGAGGACAGAAACUGGAUAUUUCACGGGCAAAAGGAAUAUGGUUCGAAUACAUGGUUAACUUUGAAGAGGCCAUUUAUAACGGGUUCAACAACGUUACCAUUCGUGGCUUAUAUCCCGGGACAAACUCGUACCAUGCUACAUGGUGGCUGAAUUUCUACACGCCAAACACAGGCGGGAACGGAUACAGUUGCGGCGGGUUGUGGCAGCAAGGAAAUGUUACUGCAGAUGGGAAACGCACUGUGAUGACAUUGUUUUCCGCUACCGAUACGGAAAUAUAUAACUUGACCUUUACGACACUAUUCAACGAUUACAAACUAGUAGAAAUUGUCUUCAUCUGCAACGACUUCCCGGUACCGACAAACAAUAUCUGCCAGGACUCCAGUUUUUGGGUUUUCACCCGCAUUCAACCCACGCUAUUGACUACUGUGCAGAAAAACUACAUUCAGAAUGUAGUGAACAGUGUUUUAGCGCCGAUGUGCCGAUCGUACGCGGACAUGAAAUUGGUUGGCAACCUUCCCAGCACCACGGGUUUACCAGCCUGCCGAAGCGGACAAGGAAAUCCAGCCCUUCCCGCCAUUUUUGCUGCAGCCAUGCCGAAACCUUGUGCGACAUGUGCACCACUCGGAGUUUGAGAUCGAUUCAAGUUAUUGUUUUCAACGUACGUAGUACGCACAUCGACCACGUAGAUAAUACUAAGUACUUUACGUUAUAUCGUCAUCUUUUUACGUUAUUAUUGUGGAGCAGAGAAAGAGCGGAGAUUGAUCUUUCUAAAGAAUAGGUAAAAAAUAAAUAAAAAUAAUCAUUGUUAUAAGACCAAAACAACACAACGGCAGCGUACUGUGUUUAUUUCUUUUUGCCGGAAUUAUAACAAAUGACUCCAGUAAAGAAACACGUACCACCCGUGUUUGUGCUUGUACUACUUGUUGAGCUUGAAGAUGACGAUGAUGAGCCGCUAUUAUAAUUAUUGUACUGACCAUUGUUAUUGUUAUUACUGAAAAAGCACAAUCCAUUCGUUGUGCAGAUAGCGUAAUUGUUAUUGUUGGGAUAAUACGAAUAAUUUCCACCGCUCGGAUUGUUAAAGUUGACGUUGUUGGGAAAACAGGCUCCACUAUUGCACGUCAAGGGCACGGCAGAAUAGCCAUUCUGGCCGUAGUUGUAGCUGCCGCUGUUGUAGCACACACCGCCCCAGCACACACUGUUACCCCCGCCGCCGUAUCCACCGUAACCGCCGUAACCACCGAAACCACCACCGAAACCGCCGCCGUAACCACUGAUACCGCUUAACGUAAUACUAUUCCCCAAGCCGAUGUAACUCACGGGUUCCGGUGUGGGCGCGGCUGGCGCCGGUGCAGCGGUCACCACUACCGGCGCUUGUGGGACAAAAGGGGCUGCGGCGAAUCCAACCGUCUACAAAUUAAUUGUUUUGUUCGUACUUAUAAUGUAGAGGCCGUGCAAAUUAGAUCAAAGGUUAUUUGAAUCAAUAUCUUUAUGCCUUCGAGCAGUGGGUGCAGGUUGAACGCCAACAACUGCCUAGUGCGUUGGAAGAUAUAAUUGCAACAAAACCUUGCAACUCUUAAAAAUGUGCUCCAGCAGUCCAGAAAAACUGGAAAACGUUUUCACGGGUCGAUCGGAGGAUAAACGCUCUGAUAUCGAGCAGG